AUGGAGCCUUCUUCCUCUUCUUCCUCUACUGAUAUGAAUAAUAGCAAUGCGGAACAAUCACAACUCAAAUCGGCAAAGCACAACGACAACUUUUCAGAAUAUCAGUAUUAUUAUUUCUGUCAAUCGGUUGACGCAAUUUUCGGGAGAUGGGCAGCCUUGAUACUAGCAAAGCAGCAUCAUGCUUCAGGGGAUGAUACGGAAGUUUUAUUAGAUGAAUUUAGAGACAAUGUCAAAGAAUGGAUUUCAAAUGAUGGAGACCAAUUGGAAUUAGAUGAAAUUGUACAGUACAUGAAUGACGUUCUAUCGGAGGAUUUGGGAAUUGACGUACUUGAUGGAUCAAUUCCGUCUGUUGCCAAACAUUUGCUUUUAGUUUUUCAACAAGUGACUCAAAACAAUUUUGAGCAAGUAACCAAAUUACUAACCGAGAAAAAGGAGGAACCUGUUGUAAUUCCGAGUGAAUCAGAAUUUGUACAAUCCAAACAACAGCAAGCCGUUGUGCAACAAAAUAUUCAAAAUGAUAUGGAAGACAGCAGCUGCAACGAGAAAAAGGAAAUUGAAGUGGACGAAGAUGGCUUUCAAAUGGUGAAGAAGAAAUCAUCUACUCGCAGGAAGUAA